AUAAACCGGCGUAUUAAUCGAGCGCAAUCAGAGAUCAUGGCUUUUGUUCGUGGGAUAAUGACCGCUCGCGAACCGGAACUAGUACUCAACCCAGAAUGCGCGAAAGACAAUAUAGCUGAUCAGUUUAUCUUGGCGUCUAUCGAAGCGAAACUGGAUACAGCCACGGUGGAGGAUAACCUGGCUAUGCUAUUAUUUGCGGCAUUUAACACAUCCGCCAAUACAAUCAGCACAAGUUUGCAUUUGAUUUGCAGACAUCCACAAGCGCAGAUCGAAAUUAACAAGCAGUUAAAAAACUGGAUACAAACAACGUUCUCAAAUUAA